AAAAUCAAAGCGUGCUCGCUCGCUCGCUCUCAUGGGGUCCAAUCCAAUGGCCGCCCCGGCCUUUCUUUCCCCGCACAAAAGCUGAAAGCAGAGAAGAAAGCUUCAACACACGACUCGUCCAGCCACCCCCCCUACUCGAUUCUUUCUUUCCUCGGUCUCGUUUGGCAGGCAGCUCGAUUCGCGAAGAUCGCGGUUUUCAUGCCGCGGCGGCAGUAGGGAUCAGGCCGGUAGCGCGCGUCCAGGAGCCAUGGCGGCGUCCUCGGCGAGCAGGUACGCGGCGGUGCUCCAUAGGCGCACGCACAGGGUCACGUCCGCGCUGGCGUACGCGGCGCUCGAGUGGGUCCUCAUCGCGCUGCUGCUCCUCAACGGGCUCCUCUCCCACGCCGUCGCCCGCUUCGCCGCCUACUUCGGCCUCAGGCCGCCCUGCCUCCUCUGCUCCCGCGCCGACCGCUUCUUUGGCGCGGAGGAGGAGGACGCUGCCGAUCAGGCGGCGGGCGACGCGCGCUGGCUGCGCGGCCUCCUCUGCGGCGCCCACGCGGCCGAGAUCUCCGGGAUGGGCUACUGCCUCCACCACCGCCGCCUCGUCGCCGACGCCGCCGACAUGUGCGAGGGCUGCCUCUCUUCUUGGAAGAAGGAGAUGAUGAGGGAUGCAGAAGAGGAAGGCGCCGUGGUGUGCUCUUGCUGCAAAGCUCUAGUACAGAUUCCUUCUUCACGCGCGUUCGAGGAUGAUACACACGCGAGGGAAGAUCCUGCCGUACUCGAGAAGACAGCCGAAGAAGAAGAACAAGACCAAGGCUACGUUCUACUGGAUCAAGAAGACCACGAAGACGAAGAAGAGGUGCAGCAAAACGAAGAGGAAGCCCAUGAGCAGCAAGGGGAGAUUAAGGUGGCUGCCGUGGAGGACGAGUCCUUGGAAUUCAUGGCUCAGGGCGAAGAGAUCACGCCCGUCGACGACGAUCGGUUGGUGCCGGUGGUGGCACUGGAUGAGAUGACAAUUGCCGACGAUUCGGGUUUGCAUUCGGAUGCCCCUGGCUCUGAGGAGGAUGACAUGAAUCGUACAGACGAUGAGCGUGAUCCGGAUGAUCUUGAUGCCGCAGUGGUUCUGGAGGAGAAGAGGAUGCUGGCUUCUUCGGUUGCAACGAUGCCUGCCAUGACUGAGAAUUCCGUUCCACAAGAUGAUGAACUGGUUCUUGAAGAUACUGUCGAAACUGGAGAUUUCAGGACUGAUGAAGGAGACAUUCUUGUGCCUCAAGCCACUGAAGCAAUUCCUGAAGAUGGCAGCAAAUCGGCAGAGGUGGAGACUAACUGCGAGGUGUCAAUCGGGGGCGACAUUUGCGAGCAGGAGCAAGAUGGCCAUGCUGCUCCAUUUCAAGAACUGGUGGCGCUAGAGGAGCUGUUUUCUCCAUUGGAAUAUGCAGAUGACCGGACAUCACCACUGGAAAUCCUCCAUGAAACAGCCCCAGCUGAUCAAGAAGCAAGUGAAGCAGAGCAUGAGGUGACGGCCAGCCAGAGAUUUGAGUACCAAUCGAAUGGCGAGAACGAGGAGGACGAAGACAGGGCACCGGAGACACCCACCUACAGCUUUGCUGCCCAAAACUCCGGCAAAAGGUUCUUGCUCGAGAGGAAGCGGUCACUGUCCUUGUCCUUGGAUGGAAGCGUGUCGAGCGAGGUCGAGUGCGCCGAACCUUCCACCGUCGAUCAGCUGAGAUCCGCGCUGCAGGCAGAGCGAAAGACGCUCAGCGCUAUGUACGCCGAGCUGGAGGAAGAGAGGAACGCCGCCGCCAUCGCGACCAACCAGACGAUGGCGAUGAUCAACCGGCUGCAGGAGGAGAAGGCCGCCAUGCAGAUGGAGGCGCUGCAGUACCAGAGGAUGAUGGAGGAGCAGUCGGAGUACGACCAGGAGGCGAUGCAGCUGCUGACCGAGCUGGUCACCAAGAGGGAGAGGGAGAAGCAGGAGCUGGAGAGGGAACUGGAGCUGUGUAAGCAGAAGGUGCUGCACUACGAGGACAGGGAGAGGAGGAGGAUGCCAGCCUUCAAGGACAAUGCGCGUAGUACCAACGGCAACGGCACCUCCGAGUCGUCCAGCGGCGAGGAUAGCGAUGAGAAUUCCGAUGACUCCUGCGAGCUGGGCGAGUCUCCGAGCGGCAAUCUUCAGAGCUCGCCGGACGCUGUUCUUAGCCCCAGGGCGGAUCAAGAGAACGCCGGUCAUCUUGUGGCGCUGGAUGAUUCCUUGACGUACAUGGAGAUGGAGAGGCUGUCUAUCUUGGAGGAGCUCAAGGCACUUGAAGAGAGGCUCUUCACGCUGGAAGACGACGAUAUCAACGGCAGCAAUGCGGCUGCCGACCGUUCCUCGGACGAUUACGGUAUGUCAGCUGAUGGUCCGCAUUCACCGGGGAAUGGUCUCGCCGGCAACAAGGCCAGGUUUGAAGGCAGAGCUUCUGUUUCCAGAGGAAAGAGCCUUCUGCCUCUCUUUGACGCAGUCGGUGACCGGAACUGCGAUCGUCCAUCAUCCACAGAGGCUGAUGAUUUGACGAAACCGGCCGUCGCCGUGUUUGCGAAAGAGCAAGAGAGGCUGGCGAUCAUAGAGGAGGUUGAUCAUGUGUACGAGAGGCUGCAAGCACUGGAGGCGGACAAGGAGUUCCUCAGGCACUGCAUCAAGUCCCUGAAGAAAGGGGACAAGGGCAUGCACCUUCUCCAGGAGAUCUUGCAGCAUCUUCGCGAGCUCCGGAGCGUGGAGCUUCAUGCCAAGCACGCCGGUGAUGCCAUUGCCACAAAGUCAGCAUAGCAGAUCGAUCUAGAAUUCUAGACAUCUUACAUGUGAUUCAAUUGCUCGGCUAUGGUGAGUCGAUCGAUUGGAAUGGUCCAAGUAGUAGUGGAUCUAUGAUAUGGUCCCUUUCCCUUGUGCAAGAUAAUGGCUUGUGUUUAAGGGAACGCUUUGCUCGUCUGGCCUGCGGGGGGCUGCGCUGGUCCAGCAUUGCGGGCUUUAUGAUGUGGCUGGUGGUGGCAGGAAUCAUUAGGGCCUUCCAAAGCUUUCACCAAGCUGAAUCAUGGUGCCAGCUUCGGAGGCAUGCACACCACUUCAAGACGACAGAUAAGAGAGAGGGAGAGAAUCAGCAAAAGGGUAAAGGUGGCCCCGAUGCAGAUGUGGUGGAUUUUCUAUUUGCUACGCUUCUUUUUCCCUUUUCUUUCUUUUGGUUAAAUUUUCAAAUAUGUUUGUGCAGAGGUGUGUUUUAUACGAGGUUGUAGGCUUGUAGCUUGUACGUCUGGUUUGGUCUUCGUUUUGCACUUUGUAGCCAGUUUUGAUGAAGAAAGAAAAGCUUGUUAUGAUGAAUCCUGUUUCAUUUGA